GCUAAUCGGAUUUUAUUCAAUUAAUGAAGACUUGCCACCAUCUAUACAAAAGUGCAAAACGCAAAGUAUCAGGAAUGUAAAACAAGGACUGACACGCAAAAAUUACGUCUAUCAGUCUUACAAGAAAUCCCGAUGUGGCACGUCUCAGACAUUGUCAUCAAGUUCAAGUCGCCAAGAUACAGCCACCAAGACUUCAAUACCAAUUGAGAGUCCACAGGAACUACGGUAUUCUGCUGAGCAGAUUGAGGAAGCUCGCAGAAAAGUUCAGAAUAGUAAUCUUG